AUGACCAGCACGACCGCCAUAAAGCCCAUCACUGGGAUUCUGCGACGACGCUUGGUCAUGGACCUUGCCAUUGGUCUGGGAUCUGGGUUCGCCAUGGCCAACUGGUUCUGGUACGGAUACCACGUUCCCCGAACCAACCUCCGCGACGCCUACUACAACAAGCUCGAGGAGCAGCGCGCUGCCGAGAAGGCCCAGUAA